AUGGCUAUGCGCGGUUUGACCGUGUUCAUCGCGGACAUUCGUAACUGUCGUGUCCGCGAACUCGAGGAGAAGCGAAUCAACAAGGAGAUGGCCAACAUCCGCACCAAGUUUAAAGACGGAAGCUUGAGUGGAUACGACAAAAAGAAAUACGUGUGCAAGCUGCUGUACAUGUACAUUCUCGGAUGGGAUAUCGACUUUGGACACAUGGAGGCCGUCAACCUCAUCUCCAGUCCAAAGUACAGCGAAAAGCAGAUUGUAAGUCUGGUUCAGUUGCAGCAGAGUAUUUGCUUUUUGCAGGAAGACGAGGCUAAUUGGUCGUUGGUUGCGCUGGAUUGUCUGGAUGCCCUUGGUUAUCUCGGGAUUACGCUGUUGAUGCACGAGAACAGCGACCUGGUGCGCCUGGUCGUCAACUCGAUUCGCAAGGAUCUGGACGACAACAACGAGAUCCACAACUGUCUAGCCCUGCACGCCAUUGCCAACAUUGGAGGCAGGGAAAUGGCCGAGUCCCUGGCAAGUGAUGUUCAUCGUCUUCUUGUCUCUCCAAACUCAAAGAGUUUUGUCAAGAAAAAGGCUGCAUUGACAAUGCUGCGACUCUUCAGGAAACAUCCGGACGUCAUCCCUGCUCCCGACUGGGCUGAACGUAUCACCAACAUCAUAGACGACUACGAUCUUGGCGUCUGUCUCUCUGUCACCAGUCUGAUCACCGCCCUCGCCCAACAAUACCCAGAGGCCUUUAUGCUGGCCAUCCCCAAGGCGAUCAUGCGACUCCACAAGGUGAUCGUGGAACGCGACUUUUCUGCAGACUAUGUGUACUAUAAGAUCCCGAUCCCAUGGCUCCAGGUCAAGCUUCUCCGCUUGUUGCAGUACUUCCCUCCAACUGAGGAUCCCAACAUGUCUGAAAUGCUGCACAACGUCCUCCAGACCAUCAUCAACAACUCGCAGGAGACCCCCAGGAAUGUGCAACACAACAACGCCCAGAACGCCAUCCUCUUUGAGGCCAUCAACUUGGCCAUCCAUCUGGACUGCGAGUCGGACAUUGUACGACAGGCUACCAACAUUCUCGCGCGAUUCAUCCUCUCCAAGGAGACCAAUGUGCGCUAUCUCGGCCUGGAGACCAUGGCCCAUUUGGCUGCUGUGACCGACGAACUGGACGAGAUCAAGAAACACGAGGAGACCAUCAUUUUAUCGUUGCGGGACAAGGAUAUCAGUGUUCGUCGUCGUGGACUGGAUCUUCUGUACAGUAUGUGCGAUGUCUCCAAUGCCAAAACUAUUGUCUCUGAGCUCAUUCGGUACCUCCACAUUGCCGACUAUGCUCUUCGUGAGGAGAUGGUGCUCAAGAUUGCCAUUAUGACCGAAAAGUAUGCCACGGAGCAUUCGUGGUACGUCGACGUCAUCUUGCAGCUCAUCAGCUCGGCAGGAGAUCAUGUCGGAGAGGAGGUCUGGUACAGAAUCGUUCAGAUUGUCACCAACCACGAAAACCUUCAGGAAUACUCGGCCAAGAUGGUUCUUCACUACAUGCGGUCGCCUCACUGUCACGAGAACAUGCUCAAGGUCGGAGGAUACAUUCUCGGAGAGUACGGACACUUGAUCGCUAACCUUCCAGGAGCCUCACCUAUCGAGCAGUUCAACACCCUUCACGCUCGCUUUGGCCUCUGCUCGCUCGCCACCCGUGCAUUGUUGCUCUCGACCUACAUCAAGUUCAUCAACUUGUUCCCCGAGAUCAAAGGCGCCAUUCUCGCUGUUUUCAACCAAUAUCGCCAUGUUCUGGAUGCCGAGUUGCAGCAGCGUGCUUGCGAGUACAUGGCCAUCGCCACCAUGCCCACGGACGACCUUUUGCAGACUGUUUGCGAGGAGAUGCCUCAGUUCCCUGAGCGCGAGUCUGCCUUGCUCUCACGGUUGAACGAGAAGACUGGCCAGACCGAAGACAAGCGGACAUGGAACAUUGGUGGCAAGGAUUCGAACGAAAAGACGCCAGCGAACCUGUUGGCGGCCACCAAGGAGCGCAACGAGAACGGAAGCGUCGAUGAUUUGGUCAACAGUGUCAGCAACACGAGUAUCAGCGCUGCUGGCGGCGAGAAUGGAGCUGCUGCACCUGCGAACGGAUCGGCGGCCCCUCCUACUCCUGCUACCCCAGCAGCCAAGGUCGGAUUGACAUGGAAGGACCAGCUGGCGCCAGGAUACGAGAGCUGGUACAACCGCCUGCGGGAUGGCACCGACGGUAUCUUGUACGAGGACAGCAUUUUGCAGAUCGGUAUCAAGUCCGAAUACCACGGCCACUUGGGACGCCUCGCGAUCUACUUUGGCAACAAGACUCAUACUCAGCUCAACUCGUUUGCGGUGUCUGUUGAGUCGCCGGAGGGUCUUGUCGUCGCCAACUCUCACACCCUGGCGACAUCCAUUGGACCUUCGACCCAAAUUCAGCAGCUGUACAGUCUGGAGUGCCAGCAGAUCGUGACGGAGGUGCCCUUGAUCCGUAUCUCUUACCAAGCAGGAUCGACCCAGAGUAUCUACCUCAAGCUGCCCGUCCUGAUGUCACGGUUCAUUGAACCCAUCCAGCUGUCAAGCGCGGACUUUUUCGGUCGCUGGAAGCAGAUUGGAGGUGCUCCUCGGGAGGUUCAAGAGAUUAUCAAGGUGCCGGGCAAGAUUGAGUUGGAGAGGGCACGCACGAUCCUUGUCAACCAUCGUUUGGGCAUCUGCGAGAAUGUGGAUCCCAAGCCUGGCAACUUUGUCGCUACUGGUGUCUUUAACACCUCCUUGAGCGGCAAGGUCGGCUGUCUCUUGCGUCUCGAGCCCAACCACGAAACAAAUAUGUACCGUUUAACUAUCAGGACAACAUCGGAUGUGGUUUCCAAGCAUUUGAAGGAUAUUUUGCAUACGGCGUUGCUCUACAGGCCAGCUCCUUCUACUCGAUAG